CUCCUCAAUAUCCAGCCAUUUCCGAAUCCUAUCGCCAUUUCUGGCCACCAGAACCAAAACCAUAGAAAAUGGCCACGAAAACUCUAGUGUUCUCAGUUACUGUUAGUAAACCAAUGCUUGUAAGUCCAUCAAGACCCACACCUUAUGAAAUCAAGCCUUUAUCCGACAUCGAUGACCAAGAAGGCUUUCGUUUCCAAAUUCCGGUGAUCCAGUUCUAUCGUAAGGACCCCAAAAUGGAUGGUCGAGAUCCCGCGAGAGUGGUGACGGACGCGUUGUCUGAGGCGUUGGUCUAUUACUAUCCUUUUGCUGGGAGGUUGAUAGAGGGGGAGAACAAGAAGUUGAGUGUGGAGUGUAGUGGAGAGGGGGUUUUGUUUGUGGAGGGGGAUGCUGAUGUGAGUUUGGAGGAGUUUGGGGAUGCUCUUAAGCCUCCUUUUCCUUGUUGGGAGAAGCUUUUGAUGCAUGUUCCUGGUUCCGAUGGCGUGAUAGGAUGCCCAUUGCUCUUGAUUCAGAUAGAGCAAUGUCCCGUAUAUGGGAUCAGUGUUCUAAAAUACGAUUCGGCCAAAGUACUUGGAUCUUGGUGGAGGCGAGUUACUCUGUCGAGUCUAAAAACUCCUCGAGUCGUGAACAUAGUUACCGGGAGAGGGAGCAGCUCCGGUUUCGGGAGUGGAAGCAUCGGAUCGAUGGCUGCCCGAAGCUCCGGAGGUCGGGGAGCGCGUUCCGGUGAGGGUAGAAGUUAUGGAUCGAGAUUCGGUUUGAACAGGGAGCGAGAUCCCGAUACAUUGGGAUCGAGAACCCUAUUUAACGGGAACACAUUCCAUGUAUUUACAGAACAAGAUCCCGUUUGA